AUGGUGUCCAAUUUUCCGAGGAAUCUGGUCCGGGCUGAGCUGGAUCUGACGCUGACGGCGCAUGGUGAUGACAGGGCGUACUUCAGUAACAUGCUGGAGAGUUACCACAGCGCCCUUCCUGAUCCUCUCAAGGCGAAUUUCGUCCCUGGAAGCCCUUACCGCGAGAUAGUUGUCUACAUAGACGGACGAUUCGCAGGAUCUUUCUUCCCCUUCCCCGUGCUCUCCCCCUCCUCCCUCCGCCGCUCCCUCUGGACCCCUGUGGUGGGGAUCGGGUGCUUUGCAUUGGAGCCAUACUCGUUAGACGUGACCCCGUUUGUGGGACUGCUUGCGGACGGAAAGAAGCACAAUGUCACUGUAGCGGUUUCAGGGGUGCUGCCGGGAGGGGUGUGGCUGGCGAGUGGGGUGUUCCGCCUAUGGCUGGAUCCAAUCUUGCUGAAGACCACAGGAAGAAUCACCGCCUUUGAUGUUCCAGCGCUACAGUACUACGAGCCGCCGCCCAACAUUUACACUGGCAUAGAUGGAACCUUGGAGGCCACUGCCAUGCGGCGAUACACCAUUGGUGGGCGAAUCCUCACUUCUCGUGGGGUGGUUACCAGCCUGGUGAAAGCCUAUCAUGUGCUUCAGAGCCGCACAGAGGCGCUCGGGCAGCUGAAAUUCCUCAAAACGGAGUACAAUGUUGUUGCAAAUGUGACAACAAGGAGGGGCAGGCUGAGCGGGAUGCUGAUUGCAAAGGACACGGUGACGCAUCAUUUCCCAUUGACCAUCACCCAGACGGUGUUUUCGGAUCAAGACAGAGGUACCUCUUUCAAGCUCUCUCUCUCUCCCACAGCUUCCAGCAGUAGCAACAGCCUCACAAAGUCCAGGAAAAUUUGUUCAAUCUUCCCGCCCUUCUACCCCCUCGUUCUCCUUGCGAAUUCCGACCUGUUUUCCCGUUCAGAUGGAAGCACCUCCUUCAAGCUCUCUCUCGCCCACAGCUUCCAGCAGCAGCACCUUCACAAGGAUGGCAACAGCCUCACAAAAUCCACCAAAGAAUCUCUCUUCAACUCCCAGACAUGCAACCUGCUUGAGUACGGAAUCAGCACAGAUAGCACUGCUACUUCCAGCAGUAACGGUGGGCCAAGUGCUACUAACAGCACUAGUGCUGCAGGGAACGCUGCUGCAAAUGGCGUGGAUGCGAAUGAUGGUGCUGACGCCACUGGUGUGGUGGUAGGGCCUUUCUCCACACCUAAUUUGGUCGUGGUGGGAGGGUCCCAGACCCUUAAUGUACGAGGAAGCAACAAAAAGGGUUGCUUCUGGCGGAAUGUGGAGACAGGGGUGCUGCAAGUGCUCUCAGACGGGUCUGAGCACAAGUGCUAG